AUGCCGUCUCAGUUGGCACAGUAUGGCCCACUCAUGAAGAUUUUAGCCCGAGAUCCCCUGUGGGAAAUCAGCCUCGAAGAUGCCACGAAGCACAUUCAACAGUGGUUUUCGGGCACAGGCUUUCUCUACGCCGUUGUCAGCGAGGAGCAGCUGCUGAAGGUUGCUGGUAACGUUUUUGACACUCUACAGACCGUCAACGUCCACGAGACGAGGGGUCGAGGAAAUCUGGCAGAGUGUCUAUUCCACAGUGACACCAACAAACUGAAACUUAUUCUAGCCACUUGCCUAACUUUGGAGAGCGGGAGUUGCAAUGACUUAGCUCAGAGGCUCUUCCAGAGCGCCACCGAAGCUGGCGAAGGGCUUCUGUGGGGCAAAAACUCGAUCAGCAACAUACAAAUGCUGGUGCUGAUGAACGGACAUGAUCCGGUGAUGACUGCGCUUCUCGACUGGACCAAAUUAGCGGGCAAGACGUGGUACGCCCUCAAUAGCCAAGUCGAGAAAGAGAGUGAGCUUAACAUCGACGAAAUCGACUAUCUCGAUUACCGGAUAGAGCAGUGGUACCAACUCCUGGCAGACGACCUAAAGCUCGAACCCAUCCAACCGGGACAAGAGGUUCGGCAUGUUCAGGCCGUGCUCUUCCUACGCAAGAGUCACCUGCACAAUUUGAUCUGUCGCCCGGUGCUACAAUCCGCUACGCGGAUCACGCAGUAUCAGAGGCAUGCCCACAAGGCCGUUGCUGUUGCCAGGGAGUCGCUGCAAAUGCUCUCGAGCCUCAACGAUAACACCGUCAUUAUCAAGCGUAAUCCGCUUUUUUUCAAGCACCUCUUGCUGACUGCCUUUGGCAACCUAUUGCUGGCUGUUGUCAAUGCUAGCUCCAUGUUCUGUGACAAGGUCAGUGUCGAGUUUGACAUUGCGCUGGAGAUGAUCAGAACACUAAGCAACAGGUCGACGCUGCUGCUGGCUCUCUGGGAGCGUCUUCAAGGCCUUCGGAAACUCACGGCACAGCUGUCCGCUUCCUCAGCCACGGCAUCGAGUAGCAGCGGGCCAGAUGAGCAGAGAGAGGGCGUCGGGAAAAUAACCAUCAACGCCGAUGUCGUGUACCCCGAGAAGUCGGAUGGCUCUCCCGCCGUUGUGCUGCUGCAUUAUCACGGCGGCUUUCUCAUCGUCGGAGAUCGGUAUUCGUUCUUGCCUCACUGGCUUGUACAUGCCUCAGCCUCCCGUGGAUGGGUCUUUGUAACUCCUGAGUACCGCUUGAUGCCCGAGUCAACCGCACACGCAUCCGUUGAAGAUGCUGCGGACGCCUAUAAAUGGGCCUGGUCGUCACUGCCGGAGAUUUUGGGCCGUCCGGUCGGCUCACUCUUAGUCGCUGGGUCAAGCGCUGGAGGGUAUUUGGCUCUCAACACAGCUGUCUCGGCUGCUAGAAAGCCCAGCGCACUACUGCUCAUCUACGGGAUGCUCAAUCCUUCUGGGGCUCGAUACACAACUCCCGGAAAGAACAUAUUCGGCCGGCCACCAACCGAGACUGGGCCAAUUUUGGAAAAGUGGCCCAUGGCCAAGGCUUCGGGCGAAGAGAGGAAGCCUGUCUCAGCUUAUCCGAUAUCAGGCGACCCGUCUGCUGACCCUAGAUUUGCUCUAACUUCGGCACUGCACAUUGACGCCCUGUUCCCCGACUACAUGACUGGUAUCCCCGGCCUUACUCGCCAAAUUUCCACUCAAGGAGUUGCAGCAAUACCCAAAGAACAUCAGCAGCUAUUCCCACUUGACUUUGGCGAUUUUAGUGGUUUUCCACCUGUCAUGCUGCUUCAUGGUGCUAACGACUCAGCUGUACCGGUUGAGUGUAGCACCAGAGCCGCAGAGAAGCUCGAGGAAUCUGGAGUGCGUGUCUUGUCAGAGUUCCCAACUGAUGCGGAGCACGGAUUCGAUGGAAGGUCUGGCAACGUCAACGUCGAGACUCCAGCUGGGGAUGCGGUGAUUGCUGUAGAGUCUCUUAGGAAGGCGAUUGGUUUCCUUGAACAGAACGCAGCUAAAUAG